GUGCAGGCGAUCGGCAUCUUGAAGCAAUUUCAGUGCCAGGACCCGAUCCUCGUUGUGGCACCGAGCUCCUUGCGUGGGGUUUGGCUGGAGCAACUGCGGCGUUGGGCCGGUGUGGAUCCUGCGAAGGUGCAGGUCAUCUACGCUGGCAGUACGCCUCUUGACCCUGAUGCAUCCUGGGUCAUCGUGUCGUAUGCGUUGCUGGUCAGGCAAAAGCAUCUUUUGCGAGACGCCCGCGGGCGGCCCUACCGUUUCGUGGUGUGUGACGAGUGCCAUUACGUCAAGAACCCGGAAGCCAAGCGAUCGCGUGCAGUGUACGCAGUAGCAGAGGAAGCCAAGUUCCUCAUCCUCAUCAGUGGCACGCCCGUGCUGAACUCUGCGAUGGAGCUGUUCCCUCUUCUACGCCUGCUGGAUAGCCGUCUGCCGGACGAAAGCACAUUUGCGCGCCGAUACUUCAGGUCCAAGAACAACGACUUCGGAAAAAGCAAGUGGGUGGAGCCUCAACGAGAGCUAGAGUUGCACACUUAUCUCUUCCACAAGAUCGGCAUCCGGCGCAAGAAGGAGGACGUUCUGAAGCAGCUACCGGCCAAGCGGCGGCAAACCAUUCUACUGAAAGAGGCCACUUGUGGUCUGAGCUGGCAGGAACUGAUGGCCUUGGAGGAGCGGUUAUUCGGCAAUGCCGAUGAAAACGAAGAGGACUUCGCCAGGGAGGAGCUCCAACGCGCACUGAAGUUGGUCAUGAAGACGAAAAUGAGGUGCUGCUGUGACUACGUCAACGAUCUCCUAGACAACGGCAUCGGCAAGUUCCUGCUCUUUGCGCACCACCGGGCGAUGAUGGAUGCGCUCGAGAGCGCCUUGCAGGACCGACUCCGAGGAGGAUACAUCCGGAUCGAUGGCAGCACCAAUCAGAAGGAGCGGCCGGACCUUGUGGAGCAGUUUCAGAACGACAAGGACUGCCACGUUGCUCUGCUGUCGAUGACUGCCAUGAGCGAAGGGGUCACGCUGACAGCUGCAGAAGCCGUCAUCUUUGCUGAGCUCAACUGGACCCCAGGCGUCAUCGUCCAGUGCGAAGCACGAGCACACAGGUUGGGACAGAAGAACUCCGUCCUAAUCCAGUACCUGUUGCUGGAGGAGUCUGCCACGGAUUCCCGGUGCUACAGACGGCUCGAG